UGAAGUAGACGUUUCUCCCCUGAGUGGGUCGGUCUCUCUCCAGAUUUUCUAGGAAAGCCCUCUUUAGCCACACAGAGCAGUGGCUGCCACUUCCUCACAGGUGGACAGAUGAGUGCAGGUUUGUCCUGGUUUAACCAUUAAACAUCAGCUUGUAUCCAGGAACGUUCCUGCUGAACGUCUACUAGAAAACGCAGAACGCUUGGGAAGCUUCGCCUGCUUUGGGAAAAAUGUUGGGAAGGAUCGUCUACUUCCUCUGCCUGCCAUCUGUUUUGGCUGCACAGCUUUGCAAACCAAACGCUGCCGAGGGCUUCAAAGUUCGACUCAGCAUCAAAACCGCUCUGGGAGAUAAAGCUUAUGAGUGGAAUAGAAAUCAACGGUUCCUCUUCCAAGCAGCCAUUGCUUUUGCCAUGAGCCAUCACUUGGACCUAGAAUUUAAUGUGUCAAACGUCCUCGUGUGUGAUGAGACUCCCAGAGUGUCCUUUUGGUUUGUGGUCACGUCACCUGGCGACCCCUCACGUCUUGUAGGCAAAGAAAGCGUGGAGCUGGCUGUCAGAGAGUCCAGGGACCGCAUCAACAACGUCCUCCUGCUCAAUGACGCGACUCUGGAGUUCGUUGGCGUCCUGCCCACCCUGGUGGCCCCCGUUAAACCUGCGACCCCUCCGUGGCUCAUUGUGUUUGGGGUGGUGAUAGGCAUAGUUGGUGCCGGCAUCGUCUUUCUGCUCGUGUCCACGGUGGUCCAAAAGAAACGCAAGGAGAAGGAGGUGGCAGAAGAGGAGGAGGACGACGAAGAGGCGCAGAUGAAGAGGACAGCGAGAAAUGAAGGCAUUUACAACACUUCAUUCUCCGAAGAUGACCGAAACACACAAAUGUAAAAAAAUAAAAUAAAAUCUUGCGAUAUACGUCUUCCAUGUAAACAGAUGUAAUGGGAAAAUAAGAUUUAGCUGCUUCGUUUAAAACCAUGUUGGAAAAAGUAAUGUUUGGCUAAUGUGCAAAAUCGUAAUAUUACUACAGAGCUGAUCUUUAUGCUUUUAUUUUUGUUCUCGGAUGCUCUCAGCAAAGCAUGUACUUUUAUUUCUGCCUGUUCUUUAUUCAAACAUGUCGUCUUAUGUGUGAUGUCUGAAUUUAAAUUAAAGAUUUCUCUCUAA